UUGCAUUUUUAAGUGAAUAUUUUUUUUAGACAUUUGGGAUGACUUCAUAAUCAGUGAUGUUCUUUAAUCCUGUUUUCUGCCCUUUUUCUAAUACCUCCCCAAACAAUUCUGAGGAGGUACAUUUAAUUUUUUUUCACAGCAGAUUUCUAGAAUGUGAAAAGUACUGAGACACCUGAGAUUAGCUCUAUAUCUUGUCUUGGAACUUUGUAUACCUGUAAGGAAUAUUUUCUAACAUAUAUACAGAUUUGGGUGAUCUAUUUACAAUGUACAGGUAGUCCUCAACUUACAACAGUUCACUUAGUGCCCUUUUGAAAUUAUAACAGCAUUGAAAAAAGUGAUUUAUGACCAUUUUUCACAUUUAUGACUGCUGCAGCAUCCCCAUGGUCACGUGAUUUACAUUUGGAUGUUUGACAACUGACUCGCAUUUAUGACAGUUGCAGUGUCCCGGGGUCAUGCGAUCCCCUUUUGCAACUUUCUGAUGAGCAAAGACAAUGGGGAAACCAGAUUCACUUUAACAACCAUGUUACUAAUUCAACAAUUGCAGCAAUUCACAUAACAGAUGUGGCAAGAAAAGUUGUAAAAUGGAACUUCACAAAUUUCUCACUUAGCAACAUAAAUUUUUGGGAUCAAUUGUGGUUGUAGGGUGAGGACUACCUGUAUUGUUUAUUCUAAGGGUUUUCUCUGUAGCCACAUGUAAUGCUGACGAGAGGGAAGAGAUGGGUAAAAUGAUCAUCAGCUUUUUAGAAAGUGGAGCCAUUGUACUGAAGGAAAAACUCCUCCACACAGUAAUCUGCUUUAGCUGCCCUUGUAAAUCCCACUACUGGAUAUUUUGUUUUCUUGUCUCCAAGGAUCCAUGUAUUAAAGGGGACAGUGAGGAUAGCAUGCCUAAGGCCCUCUGCUGCAGGAUUUAUACUGAUACAGAUGACAAAUGUUUAAUAUCUGGCCAAUUUAUUGCUUCCCCCCCCCCCCAUUUUCGCAGGCUCAUUGUGAACAUUAUUCUGAUGAUAAAAGCAUGCCGAGGAUUCCGCAGUGCAUUGAAAGGAUUUGCAGGUUUUGACCUAAUAGAGAAAGACUGUCGUCGGCAAAUUGAAGGCGACAUCAAAAGUGCCAAUAUUGUGUUUGAUCGACAUGAAUUCAGCGUUUCAAAGGAACAUUUCCCUUUUAGAGCAAUCCAAAUAACUAAGAAGCCGCCAACAUGGAGGACUGAAUCAGAAAUAAAGCACUUGCGCAACCGCUUACAGCUUUUAGAAAGUUUCCGCCAAUAUAGCCCAACGCUGCAGUAUCUGUUGGCCAAAGUGAUUCGCUUUGAACGAUUUGGCCGCAGAAGAGUGAUCAUAAAAAAAGGGCAUGAAGCAACUGCCUUUUACUUCAUUUAUUGUGGUACAGUCGCUAUCACGGAUGAUGAUGAUGGUAGCAGUGCCUUUGUGGAAACAGCUCCAACUACGAUUCAGAGGGGUGCUUCUUUUGGUGAAAUUGCCCUUUUACAAAAAACAAAAAGAAUUGCCACUGUUGUCUGUAUGGAAGAAACGGAAUUGCUGGUGGUAGAUAAAAAGGAUUUUUUUGCCUAUAAACUAGAUAAGGAACUUCAACGGGAAUUCAAAGUUCGCUAUGAUUAUUUGAGGGCUAUAGAUCUUUUUCAAACACUGCCUGAUUCUUCAAUAGAUAAAAUAGCUAAUUACUGCAAAGUUGAGAGAUUCUAUUCUGGACAGGUGAUUACCACUGAUCUUGCAGAAACCCACUGUAUGGUAUUUGUUACCAAGGGCAUUUGUGAAGUAUUGCGACUUGUUAAUCUCAGCACUUGUCCAUCUUAUCAAAAAUGGAUCACUAAACAGCUGCAUUUUCCCAAAAACAAAAUAUCCACAAAACAAAGGCAGCAUAUGGAUUCUGAGAUUGCCUGUGUUGAUAGAUUUAAAAGCAGUAUGUGGACCUCCUACUCUGGACACAAAUUAAGGGACCUGAAAACAUAUUACUUACAGAGGAACAAUUUAUCCUGUGAAAACUAUAAAAGCUAUGAAAAGCAGAUCUGUCGCUCCAAUAAGAGUUGUAAAAGUGUAGUGAUAGAUGAGCAGAACCCUGAGAAAAGCAUCCUUCAUGAACCGGUACCAUCUGAAGAACAAGAGCUGGUGCAAAACGUUGUAUCAGGAGUAUUCAGACAGAAAUCACACUCAGCCUAUGGAGAAAUGCCAAGUUCUGUUGCCGCGGCUGUAUAUAUCCGACUAGAUCAACUCUAUAAAGGAGAUUACAUAGUAAAUCUGGAUGACAGUCGUGUCAUCGUUAUGGUCAGUCAAGGAGUUGAACUAAUCCGACUGAAAAAAGAAAAGAUUGAGGCAUGGGCUGAUGACGUUAUUCUCAUGAAAUUGAACAAACUAAAGAUUAAAUAUCCCAGUGAUGAUGAGCUGUGUCAGAUCUUCCUUCGACAGAAUGCCUGGGAAAUGUUUAAGAAAGAUCUAUUGAAACUUGUGAUGGAGCCCAAACUCAUGAAAAUGGUACAUCCUCCACAUCCAUGCCCUACAGCUGAAAUCUUUGAUUCCUGGAGUUUGAAUCAAGAAGGAAUCUUGGAUCUUACUUCUUUGUGUUACAGAAUACCACGUCCACCACCUAAACUGAAAUACAUUCCUAUUCAAUUAACCCAAACAAGAGAAAGUCUACCAGUUAUUCUACCAAAGCUGAUUCAUGGCAUCUCAGUUGUGCGUCCCAAUUUGGAUGGCGCAUUUUAAUAGCAUCAGGGUUUGGAUGUAUAAGUCAGCCACAUAGGCACAGUUCUAAAAGACUGAAGGAUGAUACUACUUAUGUGUUUAUGGCUAUUUGCACAUAAAUAUGCAUUUGUCAAAGACUACAUUUCUUUUUAUAAUUGAUUGAUACAAUGA